UUGUGUCCUUCCUCUCUGCUCUCAGCUGUUAAGAGGUCAGAGUUGAUCGGUGGCUGUCCAAACCCUUCAGAGACACUGACACGUCCAGAACACAAUGAUGGAGUUACUUAUUGGACUGGUGGCUGCCCUGGGGCUCCUCAUUCAUGGUGAGGAUCACUGCUGAGACAGUUUUGAUCUCCCUUCUGUUUGGACAUUGGUCGUCCUCUUCAAGGACACUGAAUAACCAUUUCCUCUUUUUCUUGUAUCUCAGGUUCAUCAGGAGAAAUUAUCCUGACUCAGUCUCCUGGAGCUCAGUCUUUUCUUCAAGGACAGACGGUUUCUAUCAGAUGUAAAUCCAGCACACUUAUAGGUGACGACAUCAACUGGUACCUUCAGAAACCAGGAGAGGCUCCCAAACUCCUCAUUUAUGAUACUACAGGUCGUCAGUCUGGAGUUCCUGAUCGUUUUAGUGCGACAGCACAACAGACUGACUUCACUUUGACCAUCAGAGGAGUACAGACUGAAGACGCAGGAGUUUAUUAUUGUCAGCAGCAUAACAGCCGCCCGUUCACACAGUGAAAAAGCGUCGUACAAAAACCUCCUCAGCUAAAGAGGAACUGAACUGACUGAACAUCUGCACAGUAACAGAGACACAGAGACAACCAGGUCCAUGAAACAGAGCACUAAGAGUGAAUACUUUCUAUAGAAAACGUGUAAAAUCAUUAUUUAGAAUAUAAGUUUGAACACUCUACAUCUAUUUGAGAUGUUUAAUGUUGUUUCAUCCCAGAAGUGAUUCAUCCUACCAUAAUGAAAUGAUGUCAUUAUUGUGAUAUACUCUCAUAAUAGUCCUGGAGUUUAAUGUGCCAUUUUAUUAUUACCUUAUAAUGAUCUCAAUAUGACAAAAAAGCACUAAAAACAGGGGUUAGCAUCAUCAUCAUUUAGUUUACAGGUUUUUAUUCAACUUCACAGAAAAGUUCACAGAGUGCAGUAUGAAGAAGUGUAAAUAACUCAUGUCACAGUUUUCAGUCAGUUUUUGCACAAACUCAUUGUUUCUGAUUCUGACAUUUCAACUUCAGACAAAGAGGUUUUACAAAUCCACCAUUUUUCUGUCUAUGCAAGAAUCUGGAUCCUAUCAAGAUUCAUUAACAGGCUUUAUAUCAAGACAAGUACUGAGCAGAGUUUCCCCAAUACUGUAAUAUAUUGUGUCCUUAUAAAUCAGAUGUUACAGAUCCAUUAAAUGAAAUCAAUGAUCCUACGAAUAAAUACACAUCAAAUCAAAUAUCCAAAUAUGCCCUGAUGCCAUAUCUUAGAAUAAAUAGACUCAGUGGUU